AUGGCUAUUACUGAUCAGCUUAGAUAUAAAAAAAAUUCUUGUUCUGAGACUAAGGAUAUUGUGAUACAAGCGAGACAAGUUAUUGCUGUAUUUUCUCUAGUUGGAUGUUUGUUUGUGAUAUUUGUAAUAUGGCUGUUCAAAAAAUAUAUUGUGUUUGCUCAGAGAUUGAUAUUAUAUUUAUGUAUCGGAGCCUGUAUGGAUAGUAUAGCAUAUAUAAUGGGAGACAUGAGACCUGACAGUCCAUUAUGUAAUUUUGAAGGCUGGUUUUUACAAUAUUUUGAUGGAACAGUAUUAUUAUGGGUUCUGGUAAUAACUAUCAAUCUAUAUUUUAAUGUGGUAAAAGAAAGAGUCACAGAAAAAUUUGAAUGGGUUUAUCAUGCAGUAUGUUGGAUAGUACCAUUACUGAUAUCAUUCUUGCCUUUUAUUGGUGACCAUUAUGGUCCAGCAGGUGCUUGGUGCUGGAUUAUAGAAAAUUGGAGGUGGAGAUUAGGGGUGUGGUAUGGACCAUUAUUUAUUAUCAUCAUAUUUUUAUUUGUUGUAUAUACUUAUAUAUUUAUAGUUUUAAAACGAAAGGCUAGUACAUGGGAAGGAAUGUAUAAUCCAGAUAUAGAGAGAAAUCAGAGAUUAUUAAAAGAAGACAUUAAACCAUUAAAAUUUUACCCAUUUGUCUAUUUACUGGUGUCAAUAUUUCCUUUAAUAAACAGAAUACAGAAUGCAAUUAGUCCUCAUAAUCAUGUUUUUGCAUUGGUUUUACUUGCCUCCAUAUUUGCCCCUCUACAUGGUGCAUUAAUUGCUGUAGUCUUUGGAAUGGAUAUUGAAACGAUAAAAAGACUUACUCCACGACAAAUAAUGGUUGCUGUGAUGGCACACAGAGCUCCUAAAACCCAGUUACAAGCCUACCCUGUUGAGGUGAACAUUACAGAUCAAAACAUUGAUGAAAGUCAGACAACUGAAGAAUCAGCAGCUAUUCCAAUUCCUAAAUAA